CCCUCGGCCUCCCUUCCUGUGCUGCACACAGCCCUCGGUCUCUGCCUGUGGCUCGGGCACUGCGCAUCAUCACCGCCCCCUUCCACGGCUCGCCGGACACAGGGAGGCACUGGGCUAGACAGGAAAACGGCGGAAGCAGCGGCGGGGAGAUUGAGGCCAGUAACCGGUGGAGAGUGACAGGGGCCCGGGAAAUGGCAACAGGCUUGUCCCAGGCGACGGGGCCCAGUUGGGACAGGUAGGCCAGAGGCUGGCCUUCGCACCUCUGAGAGACCAGGAGAGGCAGACAGGAAGCCGGGCUCUGUGAGAGAGGUAGCCAGCCAUGAAACGGCAGAAGGGGAAGAAGAAAGGGCAAGCCAAGGAACGAGUCUUCGGCUGUGAUCUAGUGGCUCACCUGGAGGGGACUGGACAUGACGUCCCCCAGGUUUUGAAGGCUUGUGCAGAAUUCAUCGAACAGAAUGGAAUUGUAGAUGGAAUCUAUCGUCUCUCUGGAAUAUCGUCCAACAUUCAGAAACUGCGGCAGGAGUUCGACACAGAGAAGACAGUGGAUCUGUCCAAGGAUGUGUACCUACAGGACAUACACUGUGUCAGCUCCCUCUGCAAGGCCUACUUCCGGGAACUGCCCAACCCCCUGCUUAUGUACCGACUAUAUGAUAAAUUCGCAGAUGCUGUGAACACACAAAUGGAAGCUGAUCGUCUCCUGAAAAUUCGUCAGGUUCUACAGGAACUGCCCCCCUCCCAUUACAGGACCCUGGAGUACCUAAUGAGGCACCUCUUGCGAAUGGCUUCCCACAGUCAGCAAACCAACAUGCAUGCUCGUAACCUGGCUAUUGUCUGGGCCCCCAACCUGUUGAGAUCGAAGGAGAUCGAGAUGACAGGCUUCAACGGGACGGCAGCAUUCAUGGAGGUUCGCGUCCAGUCCAUCGUGGUUGAGUUCAUCCUCAAUCACGUACAGCAGCUGUUUGGUACCAGCGACCACCACACUGACUCUGAUGGAGAAACCGAGCGAUGCCAGUCUCUGCCCUGCCUUAGCCCAACGAAAGAGCCGGCGCCUGCCCUGGGGCCAGGGCGUAUCCACCCCUCUCAGAUCCCUCAUGUCCUGCACCUCGGGGAUGGGCCGCCUGCUAUCAAACCCUACCACACUAUCAUCGAGCUGCCGGACACCAGGAGAAAAGGCUCUUUGAAGGUCAAGAAAUGGCGAUCAAUAUUUAACCUUGGGAGAUCUGGGAAUGAUUCCAAACGAAAAUUGAAUCGGAAUGAGGGAAAAGAUUUGAAGACCUCAUCCAUGACCCUGCGGCCAGCGAAGAGCAUGGACUCAUUGAGCUCAGCACCCUUCACCAACGAUGGAACAUCCCCGCAUGGGAGCAGCUCGCUGAGCCGUCGGGACAGCUUCUCCAGCCGGCCAUUGGACACCGAGGAGCCAGCCUUCUGCUCGCUGCCACUGGAGGAGGGGGUCCGGCCCAUACUGCGUGGGGGCCCCGACUCACCCCGCUCCGCCAAGGAGGCUCGGGAGAGAGCCGGCCGCCGUGUGGCUCUCCACAUCUCUGGUCCCUUCUCCGUCUCCCUGCCCCAGCACCUUGGACCCCUCCUGAACCGAGCCGCCAAGGGCCAGACCCCCGGAGUCGCACUUGAGGGGCAGGGGAGACUCCCACUGCCGAGUGCCAGCCAGGUCGAGACUGAAGACACAGCCGAGGAGGAGGAAACAGAGGGUGACGAGUUGGAGGAGGAGGAGGAGGAGGAGGAGGAGGAGGAUUUAGGGGAAGAGGAGGAAGAUGGGGAAGUCUCAGCCUCCACCCUCCCUCUGAUGCCAGAGAUCUCGCUGGAACUGCAGGACACCUUCUCUUUUCUGGACAGCCAGGACACAGUAGGGGAGGGUGACUACGAGUCCGACUACCUGGGAGAGCUGGGCCGGCCCCUGCGUACCCCAGAGGAGAUGGACCCCUCCGAAUACUUCCCAGCCUGCGAGCACAGCAGGGCCGGGGGAGUGGACAUGAGCAUCGAGUCAGAGUUGAUGGAACGGGAGAUGGAUGAGGGCGGGCUGCAGGAGUACCACACCCAGCUCCAUCUCCAAGAGUUUUCGGUGGAACCUCCCUGUGAGGAUGAGUGGGGACCGGAAGAGGUCUUUCCACUCUGCCCUCCCUCCAGCCUCUGCUGUCCAACCCCUCCAACGCCAGAUGGUGGAGUCUCUGAGGAGGAGUCGGACCAGACUCUGCUGGGGCCCAGGGAUGCUGGCUCUCGUGAGGGCUGUUCAGCCGUAGCAGCCCCCGCUGGACAGGGUGAACUCUGCGAUGGGAGUGCGGAGGAGAAGGACGACGAGCAUCCGAACUUGGGCGUCGCUGGGCAGGCUGAAGAGAGCGGGGAGUCCUGGGCCACGUGCUCGGAUGGACAAGACCGGGCGUCACUGCAGGAAGAGGAUGAGGAGGAGGAGGAGGAGGAGCUGGGCAGGGAAGCUGCACCUACGGAAGGUGGCAUGGAGGGGCCGCAGCUGACGGCCGUGCCCAUGCGGCUGGAGAGCUCCGUGGUGGAAUCCCAGACGUGCCGGGCACUGCCGGUGGUGCCUCCCAAGCCCCACUACACCAUGCUGCCACCGGCACUGAAGGCCCGAUCCCGGCCACUGACCGCCAGCCCCGCUGCCCGUUCCCACGCCUGGAGGAAGAAGGGCAGCCAGUCCUUCGAUGAGGCUGUGGCCCGCCGACGGGACCAGCAGGGGGCUACUUCGCCGCACGGCCGCACCUUCGCCCGCGGCGACUCCCUGCCGUCCAGCGGUCCCGCUCCACCCAACCCACGGGACAGGUUCAGCCUCCCCCCUGCAGGGUACCUCCCGCCCCUGGAUGGGGCCUCCCACGCGGAAAUGGCGCCACAGCCACGUUGCCGCUCCCUGGCCCUCGAGAUGGGGGACUCGGAGUGACGAUCUCACAAAGUGGGGGAACAAGCAGCAUGGCCAAGGAAUAAGGGAGGGAUUCCCAUGGUGGCGGGUGGGUGUGCUGGGUACUGAGGGAAAGCAGAGGGAAGGGCCCCAGACUCUGUAAUCUGAAGCUGCUGCUUACUGUUUUUGUAAAAAGCGCAGAGUAUGCAAAGUAGCUGUAAUAAAUAAUCUGGGAGAAGACAG